CAAACAGUAGGUUUUAAUAAUUUAUCAAGUAAUUACAAUAAAAAAAAAUUAUCAAUAAUUUGCGGAACAAAUCAAUUAUGUCCUAGCAACUAGCUGACACAAAAACCAGUUUCCAUUGCCAGACGGAGAGGAGAGUUGAAUCAAGGAGAUAGAGGAGAGUUGAAUCAGCCCUUACUCUUUGCAGGUUGAUUGGUAUUUAUUCAUCAACAUAAAGGGGUUGAUCAGUACUUAUUCAUCAACGUAAAGGCACAAAAAGAUUUUCUGAAAUAUGUCAGGCCAAGGCCAGCGCUUGAAUGUAGUUCCAACUGUUACAAUGCUUGCUGUUGUUAAAGCUCGCCUUGUUGGUGCUACAAGGGGUCAUGCUCUUCUCAAGAAGAAGAGUGAUGCUUUGACUGUGCAGUUCCGUCAAAUUCUUAAGAAGAUUGUCACGACAAAAGAAUCAAUGGGAGAGAUCAUGAAAUCCUCUUCAUUUGCCCUAACUGAAGCAAAGUAUGUUGCCGGUGAAAACAUCAAGCAUGUUGUCCUUGAGAAUGUCCAAAAUGCAUCUCUUAAGGUUCGAUCUCGACAGGAGAAUGUUGCUGGUGUGAAGCUUCCUAAGUUCGAGUAUUUCACAGAUGGUGGGACCAGGAAUGACCUCACAGGAUUGGCCCGAGGUGGCCAACAGGUCCAGGCCUGCCGUGCUGCUUAUGUCAAAGCAAUUGAGCUUCUUGUUGAGCUUGCUUCACUUCAGACAUCAUUUUUAACACUUGAUGAGGCGAUCAAGACCACUAAUCGUAGGGUCAAUGCACUGGAGAACGUUGUGAAGCCAAGAUUGGAAAAUACCAUUAGUUACAUUAAAGGGGAGUUGGAUGAGCUUGAAAGGGAAGAUUUCUUCAGGUUGAAGAAGAUACAAGGUUAUAAGAAGAGGGAAAUUGAGAAACAGCUUGCUGCUGCCAAGCAGUUUGCCGAGGAACAGUUUGCAGAGAAAAUUUCUCUACAGAAGGGGAUAUCGCUAAAAUCAGCCCACAACUUGUUGUCUCCAUCAAUGGAGAAGGAUGAGGAUAUAAUUUUCUGAUGUGGAGGCUAGUUUAACUACUGUUAGUUCUUAGGAUGUAUGGCUUUGGCCUAUUGCUCGAUGAGGAUUUCUAUCAUUGUAGACGAGUUUUUAUAUUUCUUUUCAUUGUUCAAUAAAAUAUAGCUUUAUGUAUUAUUCUA